AUGGAGAACGCAACCGAGUAUCUCGACUCGAUACAGCAAGCGCUGCAGUCGUUGAGCAGCGCGGCGGACAAAUGCCAAGCGACAUACACCCAGCAACCCGGGGCAGAUGUCCACAGCCUCUGCGCCAGGGAGGCAGCGCGCAAUGCCUUGGUUCUAGGAGCCCACCGCUUCCUCCAGACUGCACAGGGGCCUGUUGAUGCUGCUCGCACUUGCGUGGGACAGACUGCUCAUCUCGGCAGCGUGCGAGCACUACUAGAAGCGGGGGUGUUCGACAAGCUCCCCGCAGAUGGAACGCCUCAGACACCAGAAGAACUUGCUCAGAAGUUGGGCGUUGACGAGUCUCUCCUCGGGCGGCUGCUGAGAAACGCAGCGGUGUACGGGCCCCUCGAAGCCACCGAAGAAGGCACCUACCGCCACACGCGAUUUUCGCUGGCCUACCGCCGCCCAGAAAUCGGAGGCAUCUUCCGGUUCCAUAUGGAUGAGCACGUCCCGGCCCUCCUCAAGCUGCACGAGUUCCUGCGAGCCACCGCGUGGCGCACCCCGGCCUCGCAAUCCCACAACCCCUACACCCACGCGCACAGUUCAACCGGCAGGACCAUGUUCGCCGUCCUCGCCGCCCACCCCCAACGCCUGCAAGCUUUUAACGACGGCAUGAUGCUCCAGGCCGCAACGGCCUCCUGCAUGAUCGACCUGUUCCCCUUCCGCGAAGAGCUCUCGGUAGGCACGGACGAGGCAUCAGUUGACACGCCGCAGCGCGUCCUGGCCGUCGACAUCGGCGGCGGCACAGGCAAGGCCAUCGCGCGCAUUCGGCAGCUGGCGGGGGCGCUGCCAGGCCGGUAUAUCCUGCAAGACCAGGCGCACGUAGUCAACGGGCUCGACCAGUCGGCGGCGUAUCUUGAGGGUGUCGAAAGCAUGGCGCACGACUUCUUCACGCCGCAGCCGGUUGUCGGGGCGCGCGUAUACCUGCUCCGACGGUGUCUGCAUAACUGGCCAGAGGAAGAUGUUGUGAAGAUCCUGGGGAACACGGCUGUGGCGAUGGGUGCGCAUUCGCGGCUCCUGCUUGAGGAGAUUAUUGUUCCGGAGAGGGGGGUCGGUGUUGAAGAGGGCUGGAUGGAUCUUAUCAUGAUGUCACUGGGAGCGAAGCAGCGCACCUUACGCGAGUGGAGAGGCGUGCUUGGGAGGGCGGGGAUGGAGGUUGUACGUAUUUACCAGGAGGACGGCGUUUGUCAGGCGCUUAUUGAGGCAAGAUUGAGGGUGGCCGAGUGA